AUGGCUUCUCAACCUUUUGGCGAAGAUCAAGUUUUUAUCACAAAGUCACUAUUUUCUUCAGUUUUGGAGAGAUCGAGACUAGCGACAACCUCAACAACCAACACCAUGUGUGGCAGCUACUACGGAAACUACUAUGGCGGCCGUGGCUAUGGAUGCUGUGGCUACGGAGGCCUGGGCUAUGGUUAUGGAGGCCUGGGCUGUGGCUAUGGCUCCGGCUAUGGCUGUGGCUCUGGCUAUGGCUGUGGCUUCCGUGGACUGGGCUGUGGCUAUGGCUCCGGCUAUGGCUGUGGCUAUGGCUAUGGCUCCCGCUCUCUGUGUGGCUGUGGCUAUGGCUGUAGCUCUGGCUAUGGCUCUGGCUUUGGCUCCUACUACUGA